AUGGACACUGAGAUUUCCGAAAAACAGCCACAGCCGUGGUCCUCACGCGACGAUCACAGCGAUACCAAUGUUGGCGCACCACUAUCACGUACCAAGAGCAGCGCUGGUGGCUAUGGCGAACGUGAUGGCAACGCCGUUGACUACGAAUCUGCUAUGCAUACCUACGAAGAAAUGCGCCGUGAGUUGACACGCCAAUCAACCAUCCACGGCAAAGAAGAUGAUCUCGAAAAAGGCUCACCUGAGCGAUUUGAUCUUACGGACUAUCUAUCGGGUGUUGAUCGCCGACAGGGUGAAGAAGGAUUUCAACCCAAGCACCUGGGUCUUGUUGUGAAGAAUUUGACCGUUAAGGGUCUUGGUGCUGAUGCUGAAUGGAUCCCUACAUUGACCACCGUUGCAGAAAAAACCUUCAAGUUCUGGAACUGGAACCGUAAAUUGGGUCACGAUCGUACCAUUUUGAACGAUAUCACGUGUUUCAACAAGCCUGGUCAAAUGCUUUUGGUGUUGGGCCGUCCUGGUGCUGGUUGUACUACGCUGCUCCGUGUCAUGGCCGAACUCCGCAAGGGCUUCACUGAAGUUUUGGGUGAUGUCAAAUAUGGCGGCAUUGACGCAAAAGAAUUUGGCAAGCUUUAUCGUGGCGAAGUUUGUUAUGCUCAAGAAGAAGACAUCAACUACCCAACAUUGACCGCAAAGCAGACAUUGCAGUUCGCAUUACGCCUCAAGACUCCCGGCAAGCGUCUCUCCGAUGAAGGCAAGAACCAAUUCGUCGACAACGUCAUCUACAUGCUUAGCAACAUGCUUGGUCUUGUCAAGCAAUUGGACACCAUGGUUGGCAACGAGUUCGUGCGUGGUCUCUCUGGUGGUGAACGCAAGCGUCUUACUAUUGCCGAAUUAAUGACCACGAGCUCAUGUGUGAAUUGCUGGGAUUGCUCUACGCGUGGUCUCGAUGCCUCGUCAGCUCUCGAUUACGUCCGAUCGUUGCGUAUCAUGACUGAUAUCCUCAAGAAGACGACCGUUGCCACCUUGUAUCAAGCUUCCGACAGCAUCUUCAACAUCUUUGACAACACGUUGGUGCUCUUUGAAGGCCAUUGCAUCUACUUUGGACCUGUUGACCAGGCCAAGCCUUACUUUGAGAACCUUGGUUUCUAUUGCCCUCCUCGCAAGUCCAUUCCUGAUUUCUUGACUGGUAUCAGCAAUAUUCAAGAACGUGAAACAAGACCAGGCUUUGAAGACAAGGUUCCCAAUACUCCAUCCGAAUUCGAGGCAUGCUACAAGAACUCUGAUGUAUACAAGUCGAUGUUGGCUCAGCUUCAAGAAUAUGAGGCCGAAGUUGAUCAAACACGCCCUGAUGUUGCCUUCCGUCAAGCUGUUCACGAUGCUCAUCAAAAGCAUGCUGCCAAGAAGUCGCCUUUUACUGCAUCUCCCUUCGAACAAAUCAAAGCUCUUACUAUUCGUCAAUUCCAACUCAUCUAUGGUGAUAAGGGUGCUCUUGUAUCUCGUUAUGGUGGUGUCGUUGUCAAGGGUCUUAUCAUGGCUUCCGUCUUUUUCCAUAUGCCCAAGGAAGCAUCUGGUGCUUUCUCUCGUGGUGGUUUCCUCUUCUUCAGUUUGACUUUCAAUUCCUUGAUUUCGCAAUCUGAGCUGGCUACUUUCAUGCAAGGUCGUGGUGUCUUGGAAAAGCAAAAGUCCUAUGCUUUGUAUCGGCCCAUGUACUACUACAUUGCUCAAGUCGUUGCUGAUAUUCCUUUGGCCUUCAUUCAAGUCAUCGUGUUCGAACUUUGUGUCUACUUCAUGGCUGGUUUGAACUUGACAGCUGGACAGUACUUUACCUACUUGAUCAACUUGGUCUUCAUCAACAUGUGCAUGAAUGGCUUCUUCCGCAUGUUUGGCUCGUUUGCUCCCAACUUCUUUUUGGCUUCUCAAGCUUCAAGUACCGUUUUGAUUGCCUUGUUGAUCUACUCUGGUUAUCUUAUUGGUUACACCCACAUGCAUCCUUGGUUGAUGUGGAUCUAUUGGAUCAAUCCUAUGGCUUAUUCUUUCAAGGCUAUGUUCUCGAAUGAAAUGCACGGCAACUACUUCACUUGCAUUGGGGCGGGCAACUCCAUUCCUUCUGGUCCUGCUUAUGAAGAUGUUGAUCAAGCUUAUAAGGCCUGUUCUAUUCCUGGCGCCCAACCUGGUGAUGAUGCUGUCCUUGGUGACAAUUAUCUUAAGCUCAAAUAUGGUUACAACACCUGGGAACGCUGGAUUGACUUUGUUGCCGUCGUGCUAUUCUUUUUCCUCUUCACCAUUGUCACCGCUCUUUCCAUGGAAUACCUCAGCAUUGGUAGCGGUGGUGGUUCCCAAAUCAAGGUCUACAAGCGUAACAGAGCCCCAACUGAAGAUGCUGAAGCCUUGGCAAAGAAGCGACUUGCACAAAAGAAUGAAAACUUUGAAGCUGUUACUGAUGGAACCACAUUCUCAUGGCAACAUAUCGAUUAUACCGUACCUGUCAAGGGUGGCACUCGUCAACUAUUGUGCGACGUUGGUGGUAUUGUACGUCCUGGACAUUUAACUGCAUUGAUGGGAUCUUCUGGUGCUGGCAAGACUACUUUGCUUGAUGUGCUUUCUCAACGCAAGACCAUUGGCAAGAUUGAAGGCCGUAUGUAUAUGAACAGCGAGAAGCUCUUUUCCGAUUUCGAGCGUAUUACUGGCUAUUGUGAGCAAAUGGAUAUCCACAAUCCCAAUGCUACUGUACGUGAAGCUCUCAAGUUCUCCGCCUAUUUGCGCCAACCCGCUGAAGUACCCAAGGCCGAGAAGGAUGCUUAUGUUGAGCAAAUUAUCGAGCUUUUGGAAAUGGAGAAUAUUGCCGAUGCAUUGAUUGGUACUGCUAGCAGCAACAAGGGUAUCUCUGUUGAAGAACGCAAGCGUCUUACUAUUGGUGUCGAAUUGGUUGCCAAGCCCAAGCUUCUCUUUUUGGAUGAACCUACUUCUGGUCUUGAUGCCCAAUCCUCUUUCAACAUUGUUCGUUUCAUUCGAAAGCUUGCUGAUGCUGGUUGGCCUGUAUUGUGUACCAUUCAUCAACCUUCCGCUACUUUGUUCAGCUACUUUGACCACAUUCUCUUGUUGGUGCGUGGUGGCAAGACCGCUUAUCAUGGUGAAAUUGGUGAAGAUAGCAAGACUAUGAUCAACUACUUUGAAAGCAAUGGUGCCUCCAAGUGUUCUCCAAGUGCCAACCCUGCCGAAUAUAUCCUUGAAGUUGUCGGUGCUGGUACUGCUGGUGUUGCUCAAGCUGAUUGGGCUGAGAUUUGGGAGAACUCCAAGGAAGCUAAGGCCUUGCAAGAUGAACUUGAGAAGAUCCAUAACGAAGUCGAUCAAAACCAACACAAGAAGCCAAAGACCUACUCGCUCAACUUCUUCCAGCAAUUCUGGCUCGUGUACAAGCGCAUGAAUGUCUCAUACUGGAGAUCACCUUCCUAUAAUGUUGGUCGUCUUAUCAAGGUCGUCUUUGUUGCCCUUCUUUCUGGUUUCUCUUUCUGGAAGCUUUCCGAUGCUGCUUUUGAUAUGGAAAACAGAUUGUUCUGUAUUUUCUGUACUCUCAUUAUGGCCAACUCGCUCAUUGUCUUGGUGCAACCCCGCUUUAUGGAAGAACGUCAAUGGUUCCGCCGUGAGCAUGCUUCCAAGUAUUAUGGAUGGGCUCCUUUCGCUUUAUCAUGUAUCUUGGUCGAGAUGCCUUACAUUUGGAUUUUCGAUGCUCUUUUCAUGUUCUGCUUCUACUGGACUGCCGGUCUUCAAAACAUUUCGGAUCGUGUUGGCUACUUUUAUCUCUUGUUCGGCACCUUCUUGGGCUUCUCGAUUUCAUUUGGUGAAUUGAUUGCUGCCUUCUCUACUACUCCCACCAUGGCCGCCGUUAUCAACCCAUUCUUCUCAUCCAUCCUUAUUCUCUUUGCUGGUAUCAUGCAAGCACCCGAUAAGAUGCCACACUUUUGGAGCGCUUGGAUGUAUUGGUUGGAUCCCUACCAUUAUCUCAUUGAAGGUUUCAUUGUCAACGAAUUGCAUGAAUUCAAGGUCAACUGCCGUGAUCAAGAUCUCUUGCCUUUCCAUCCACCACCUGGUCAAACUUGUGCCGAGUACACUGAAGCAUUCUUUGAGAUGGGUGGCCCUGGUUACGUUCGUGAAUCAUCCCUCAACAGCACCGAACUUUGCGAAUACUGCCCAUACAACUACGGCAAUGAUUUCUAUGAAGGUCUAGGAUGGUCGUUCUCGAACCGUUAUCGUGAUUGGGGUGUCCUCUUGGCUUUCUGGAUGUUCAAUGUUAUCGCCUUCAUCUUCUUUGUUUGGCUCUUCCGUAAGCCAAGACGUUAA